AUGUCUUUAGAAUCAAUCCAGCAAAAAUUAGAAGCGUCUAACCAGACGCAGCUGCUUACAUUCUAUAACCAGCUCGACGACGCACACAAGCAGUCUCUACUCAGCCAAAUAGAAGGCAUGGACUUUGAACGCAUUGACAGCAUUCUCAAAUUGGCAUUAGAAGCAGAGAAGCAGCCACCAUCAGACAAUGCUUUCACUCCUCCUCCACAAGACAGCGUAAAGUCUGUGCAUUCCAACGAGCAUACCUCUUGGUACAAUCAAGGUUUGGAUGCAAUUGCAGAGAACAAGGUCGCCGUCAUUCUCAUGGCCGGUGGCCAAGGCACUCGUCUGGGCUCUUCAAACCCUAAGGGUAUGUACGACGUCGGUCUGCCUUCUCAGAAGACUCUUUUCGAGUUGCAAGCCCAGCGCAUCGCAAGAGUUGAGCAGCUGGCUGCUGAAAAGCAGGGCAAGAACGUAAACGAAGUUAACAUUCCUUGGUUGGUUAUGACUUCCGGUCCUACUCGCCCAACGACUGAAACAUUCUUCAAACAAAACAACUACUUUGGGCUGAAGCACGAAAAUGUUAUCUUUUUUGAACAGGGCGUUUUACCUUGUCUCACUGAAGAUGGUCAAGUCAUUCUCUCUUCAAAAUCUUCGGUUGCUGUGGCUCCAGAUGGCAACGGUGGUGUUUACAACGCGCUCCACAGUAAAAAGUCCAUCUCACCAUCAUCCACUCAAUCUCCACUCGAUAUUUUGACUGAGAAGGGCUACGAGUACAUCCAUGCGUACUGCGUGGACAAUUCCUUAUGUAAGGUUGCAGACCCAACUUUCAUCGGGUAUUCAAUCCACUCUGGUGUCGACUGUGGUGCAAAGGUUGUCCAAAAGCGCGAUGCACACGAAUCAGUUGGUGUGAUUGCAUUGAGAGACUCUAAAUUCUCCGUCGUUGAAUACUCAGAAAUCCCUAACAACCUUGCUGAAAUGAUCGACAAAGACACUGGCAAACUUGCUUUCAACGCUGCCAACAUCGCCAACCACUUCUACACUACCAAAUUCCUUCGUGAUGACAUACCAAAAUUCGAACACAAGAUCGCUUACCACAUCGCAAGAAAGAAGAUACCAACAGUCGAUCUCAAGACUGGUGCAGAGGUUAAACCAGAGUCACCAAACGGUGUCAAGAUGGAGUUGUUCAUUUUUGAUGUCUUCCCGUUCACCAACCUUUCUCUUUUGGAAGUUGAGCGUUCUGAUGAGUUCUCUCCACUCAAGAAUGCACCUGGAUCGAAAGCAGACACUCCAGAAACAUCACGCAAAGAUGUGCUCAACCUGUCUAAGCGCUACUUGAAAGAGAAUGGCGCUGUAAUUGCUGACGAUAUUGAGAUUGAACUUUCACCACUCGUAUCAUAUGAAGGUGAAGGUCUUUCUUUCGUCAGCGGUAAGGAAGUUGUCAAGGGUGGCUACGUUAAAGACGUCGAUCAACUCAAAACGCUCCUCAACUAA